GCACAGCCGCAGCCGGUGCCAUCCCCCCGCCCGGGAGCCCCGCCAUGGACGCCGAGUCGCUGCCCUACGCGCUGGACCUGGUGGCCGGGGGCGGCGGGGGGCUGAGCUCGGAGAAGCGGGCGGCGCUGCGAGCCUCGCUGCUGCUGCUGCGCCGGGACUAUCGCUUCGAGCGGGUCCGGUUCUGGGGCCGCAUCCAGGGCAUCCGCGGGCCCUAUUACAUCGCCGAGGGGCUGGGGUCAGACCGCGCCGGGCCCAGGAGCCGCCUCUACAGCUUGAACUGCGUGGAGUGGAGUCUUCUGCCACCAGCUACUGAGGAAAUGAUCACACAGACUGCAGGGCUAAAGGGCCGUUUCCAGGGGGAUCCAUCUUAUGAGUAUGAUCCCAUUGAGAAGAAGGGGGAAGAGAAUGAGAGAAUAUAUGAGGAGGAAGGUGGGCCCAUGAUCAAGGAGGAAAUCCGUCUUGUAGCGACGAUAGAUCAGAUAGAUAAGGCAGUGGGUAUCAUCCCACGGGGUGCAUUUGUGAAGACCCCGCUCGGCCCUGUCCAUGAAAACAGGAAUUUUGAAGGUCUGUCUCUGACUGAAGCAAAAAAGUUAAAUUCCUAUUUCCACUUCACUGAGCCUGUUAACCUGAAGAACAGAACACUCCUGCAAAAGGCUGACCUGGACCCAUCCAUUGACUUCCUGGACUCUCUGGAGCAUGAUAUCCCAAAAGAUGUAGGCAAAGUUGGGGAUCAGCUGCACAGUGGUGAGAUGGAAGAGAACAGCAUCUCAAUUCCUCCAGUGGCCACAAGACAUGAAAUGACAAGACGGAGUCCUGUAAGACUUUCCAGAUGUGAGGGAUCUCAGGAAGGAGGAGCAGCUGCCCAUCACAGCCCUCAGGGAUCUAGCAGAAAGAAGUGAACCGAGCCACCCAUUAGGAUCCUGGAGCAUCCAGCUGGAGAGGGGAGGCAGCCUGGUGGUUCUGAGGAGCUUGCUGUGGCCAGGACUGACAUUCUACCACA